GGCACAUUACCCUUGAGAGCUACCUUCUCUCUCUUCUCUCUUCUCUCUCUCUCUCUGUCCUCUCAUUCUCCAUCACUCAGCCGCACACACUCAGACAAACAGGGGAGCAUGUGUGAAGGAGGAUGAGACGUGUCAUGGCCUAGUCGGCUGUUUUCUGUGACUGUGUGUUAAAGUGUGUCUUGACAUACUCGGCUACCGCUGUUGCUUUCAUCGCUGCGUGUGUGUGUGCGUCUGCGCCCAACCAGGCAUUCAGGCUAGCAACAUGUUCCGCCGCACAAAAAGUUGUCGCACCAGUAACAGGAAGAGUCUGAUCCUAACCAGCACAUCUCCCACCCUGCCACGCCCACAUUCUCCUCUACCAGGACACAUAGGAAGCAGUCCUUUGGACAGUCCCAGGACCUUUUCGCCCAGCGCUCCGGCCCAUUUCUCCUUUGCAUCUUCCAGAAGGGCUGAUGGCAGGCGCUGGUCCCUGGCCUCUCUUCCUUCUUCUGGAUAUGGAACCAACACACCAAGCUCAACGUCUUCCAGCUCGUCUCAGGAGCGGCUGCAUCAGUUGCCCUUUCAGCCCACGCUGGACGAGCUGCACUUCCUGUCCAAACACUUCGGCAGCACAGAGAGCAUCACCGAUGAUGAUGGACGGAGGUCGCCGCAUGUUCGGCCACGCUCUUGCAGUCUCAGCCCUGGGCGCUCGCCUUCCUGCUAUGACAAUGAGAUUGUUAUGAUGAACCAUGUUUAUAAGGAGCGGUUCCCUAAGGCCACGGCUCAGAUGGAGGAGCGCUUGGCUGAUUUCAUCGAGACGUACUCGCCCGAGAACGUGCUGCCGCUGGCCGAUGGGGUCCUCAGUUUCAUUCACCACCAGAUCGCCGAGCUGUCCCGAAACUGCCUGACCAAAUCUCGCGAGGGCCUCAUCACCACCGUCUACUUCUAUGAGCUGCAGGAGAACCUGGAGAGACUUCUGCAUGAUGCUUAUGAGCGAUCAGAGAGUACAGAGCUGACCUUCAUCACAGAGCUGGUGAAAAAACUCUUCAUCAUCAUCUCUCGUCCCGCCCGGCUGCUUGAAUGCCUGGAGUUCAACCCCGAGGAAUUCUACCAUCUUCUGGAGGCUGCUGAAGACCAUGCUAAAGAAGGACAGUUAAUGAAAGCGGACAUCCCACGAUACAUCAUCAGUCAGCUCGGAUUGACCAGAGAUCCUCUGGAAGAUAUGGUGAAUUUGGAGAGUUAUGACAGCGAGGGACCGCACACUCCUGAAACCGAUGACUCCGCAGAAGGGAAGCUCAAAGCCAUGAAACCUCCAUGUGAAUCAGACUUCCAAACUAUCAAACUCAUCAGCAAUGGAGCGUAUGGAGCGGUAUAUCUGGUCAGACACAGAGAGACACGGCAGCGCUUCGCCAUGAAAAAGAUCAACAAGCAGAACCUGAUCCUGCGGAACCAGAUCCAGCAGGCGUUUGUGGAGCGGGACAUCCUGACCUUCGCAGAGAAUCCCUUCGUGGUCAGCAUGUUCUGCUCAUUCGAGACGCGCCGGCACCUGUGCAUGGUUAUGGAGUACGUGGAGGGAGGCGACUGUGCGACCCUUCUGAAGAACAUUGGAGCUCUGCCUGUGGAGAUGGCCCGGAUGUAUUUUGCCGAGACAGUGUUGGCGCUUGAAUACAUUCAUAAUUAUGGCAUCGUACAUCGGGAUCUCAAACCAGACAAUUUGUUGAUCACGUCGAUGGGUCACAUUAAGCUGACAGAUUUUGGACUGUCAAAGAUGGGGCUUAUGAGUCUGACCACUAACCUGUAUGAGGGACACAUUGAGAAGGAUGCCAGAGAGUUCUUGGACAAACAGGUGUGUGGUACACCUGAGUAUAUCGCCCCUGAGGUCAUUCUCAGGCAAGGCUAUGGGAAACCAGUGGACUGGUGGGCCAUGGGAAUCAUCCUGUACGAAUUCCUGGUGGGCUGUGUGCCGUUUUUCGGCGACACACCUGAAGAGCUUUUUGGCCAGGUGAUCACAGAUGAUAUUGAAUGGCCAGAUGGAGAUGAGGCGUUGCCUGGUGAUGCUCAGAGCCUGAUUUCUGCCCUGCUGCAGACCAACCCGCUUGUGCGACUGGGCACAGGUACAGGUGGAGCUUUCGAAGUAAAGCAGCACUCGUUUUUCUCCGGAUUGGAUUGGAACGGGUUACUCAGACAAAAAGCUGAGUUCAUCCCUCACCUGGAGUCCGAGGAAGACACCAGCUACUUUGACACACGAUCCGAGCGUUAUCGGCACAUCAGCUCGUACGAUGAGGACGACACCAAUGACGAUGAGCCAGUGGAGAUACGACAGUUCUCCUCUUGCUCGCCGCGCUUCAGCAAGGUGUAUAGUAGUAUGGAGCACCUGUCCCAGCUGGAGCAGAAGACCCCUGUAGUCACCCGCAGAGAGCACAAAGGUCGUCGUGAAGACAAAAUGGCCAAGAGAGAGAGUCUGGGCAGCUUCAGCAUGAGAGACAAGAGCUGGAGGACAGGCUCGCCUGAGAUGAAACGUCUGUCAUGCUCUGAGUCUCUGUACAUGGAGGGAGACUUUAGUCCUCCAAUGGGCGCCCGGCGGCGUUUUUCAGCCCUGAUGGACACGCACCGGUUUGCCGCUCCUCAAGAGGUUGACGGAGAGCUCGCAGCACGACAGGGUGGCACUAAAACCCCCGGAUCAUCAGUAGAGGAGGUUACUGCUCCAUCAUCGCCAAAUGCUAAUGAACAGAGGAAUGCUGGGAAGGAAGUGCUAUCAGCAACUUCCAGUAAGGCGUCAGAGAAGCCAUCAAGACCAGGUGAGGUAUCAGCUCCACAGGCCAUACCUACUGCAGGGGCCACAGCACUACUCUCUAGGGAUAUGAUUACCAUGAGUGACCCAAUCGGUCAGCGAGCGACCAAGGAUCUGGUGCUUCGGCGAGCGCGUCAUCAGCAGCUGUCCUGUGAUGGGGAGAAACACCCCUCACGUCCUGGCAACAAGGUCAUCAAAUCUGCGUCCGCUACAGCACUGUCUGUCAUGAUUCCUGGAGUUGAGCAGCAGUUGGGUAGCUCUCCGCUGGCCAGUCCCAUGUCCCCACGCUCGCUCUCCUCCAACCCCUCUUCACGAGACUCCUCCCCCAGCCGUGACUACUGCCCCACGGUCACGGUUCUUCGUUCACCAAUCACCAUUCACCGGUCUGGCAAGAAGUACGGCUUCACCCUCCGUGCCAUACGGGUCUACAUGGGAGACUCUGAUGUCUAUAGUGUGCACCACAUAGUCUGGCAUGUUGAGGAUGGAGGCCCUGCCCAGGAGGCGGGGCUAUGUGCUGGUGACCUUAUCACUCAUGUCAAUGGAGAAUCUGUGCAUGGAUUGGUCCAUACUGAGGUGGUAGAGCUAAUUCUUAAGAGUGGAAACAAGGUGACCGUGACCACCACACCCUUUGAAAACACCUCCAUUAAAGUAGGACCAGCUCGCAAGUCCAGCUACAAGUCCAAGAUGGCUAGACGCAGUAAGAGGCCAGUCAAAGAGGGACAAGAAAGCAAGAGGCGUGGAUCUUUGUUUCGCAAAAUAACUAAGCAGUCCAACCUGCUGCAUACAAGCCAUAGUCUGUCGUCGUUGAACAGGUCCUUGUCAUCCAGUGAAAGUCUUCCUGGCUCUCCUACACACAGCCUGUCAACUCAUUCACCCACCCAGAGUUAUCGCUCCACCUCUGACUCAUCCCACCUUGGUGCCUCCUCUCAGAGCAGCUCUCCUGCCUCCAGUACCCCAAAUUCCCCUGCGACAACCCAGCACAUGCGGCCCAGCUCCCUGCACGGACUAUCCCCUAAACUGCACCGGCAAUAUCGUUCGGCCCGUUGCAAGUCUGCCGGAAACAUUCCUUUGUCUCCGUUGGCUCACACACCAUCCCCCACUCAAUCCUCACCCCCUCCUUUACCUGGGCACACGGUGGGAAGCUCCAACACAACCCAGACGUUUCCUGCCAAGCUACACUCGUCCCCGCCUAUAAUAAGACCCCGACCCAAGAGCGCCGAGCCGCCCCGGUCCCCGCUUCUCAAAAGGGUGCAGUCAGCAGAAAAGCUUGGAUCUCCUCUUACAUCCUCUUCAUCGGAGAAGAAAGGAGGACUCGGGGUGAUGAGGAAGCACAGUUUAGAUGUCGGACAUUCAGAUUAUCGCAAGGAUGGCUUCCACUGUGAGCUGGGACUGCAGAGUCUAAUGGAAAUUGAGGGUGAGAACCUGGCAUCCGCCCCCACGACUUCUCCUUCGCCCACCCAGCAAACCCCCUCACCCCCAGAGACGGGCAUUUUUAAGCCGGUUAGGAAGCUGGGCAGGCAGGAGUCGCCUUUGAGCAGAGAUGCUUUGCUUGCUGGGCGAGAAAAAGAAAGAGACAAGGAGAGGACUGGCGAACUGAUCCAAAUUGGGGACGCUAGAACAGGGUCGGUUAGAGACACGUUCCUUCCAGGUAGCUUUACUCUACCUGGUGCAAGUUUAACUUCACAAGAAGGUUUCCUAGGUAAACCCCACACUGGGCAGCCUCCGUUUACUAAAUCUUCUCCAUCCGAGUCCAAGCCUAGUGUGGUUGUAUCCAUUCCAUCACCCCUGACUAUGGUGUCUUCCCUGUCUGCCAAAAUUACAGGUCUAAGUAAGAAGGAAGAAGGAAACGAUGCAGGUAAAACUAGGCAUAACCAGCAAGUGAAAACCACUAAGCCUUUAUGCUCCCUAAGCACAUCAGAUGUAAUCCGCAAAGACUCUUUAGGGAUACAAGGAGAAAAUGGAUGUUGGAGAAGAGAAGUGAAGCAGGACGUUGAGAAGCCUUUAACUUUAAUCAAGCAAGGCCCAUCAUGUUCUGCUCCUGGGAAGACGACAAGCACAGAGACAACCAAAGCAAGUAAGGGACCUUGUGAUGUUGAGAGUCUAAAAAAGGAUGUUUUAGAUCCCCAUACCAGAACUUCAGAUGUAAGGUUGAGAACUGUUUCUAAAGGGGUUAUUCCGUCCCAUCCACCCCAGGCACAAUGCUCUGCUUUGGGCAAACUUAGGCAAGAAAAGGGCCUGACUCCGGUCAGCUGCUACCGCGCAACGUUCGAUUGGGAGGACAAAUGUCUCUUGGAGGUUGUUGAGGAACACUCACCAUCUCCCACUCCUUCUCCAACUGGACUGACCCCAGAUCUUCCCAAAUCUCAACCUCAGUCCCCCGGUGGAAAAUCUGGUUUGGCCAUCACGUUGACCUCCACAGGGAAAUCUAUGGGGCCUGUCAAAUGUGAAACUCAUGAGGGGACCAAGGCAAAAGACACCAUCAAACCAUUAGAGGUGACCCAGACUUGUUCACUAGGAAAGACUGAGGCUGCUUCUGGGAGUAGGGAGAGCUCCAAAGGGGGUGAUCAGAACUCUUCUAGCACCCCUCUGCAUUUGAAGACUGCCAGUAGUACAAAGAAUGGAUCUUGA